GUUCACUGUGAGCGGUGGAGACGGGAGGCAGGCAGGAGGCAUUGGUGUUGUCCUUGCAGUGUGUGUCAGUUCGCCAGAGAGAACACCGUACAGCAUAGCUAGUUACAUUUAGCAGAUCCACAGAAUUGAUAUAUGUAGACUGACGCAUAGGCUACGUUGAGCAGGCACCGGUUCCUUCCUGAAUCAGACAACGGGGACCAACCAUGGACCUAUUCGAGUUUGACUUCUUUAGGGACUGGGAACUGGAGCAACAGUGUCAUUAUGAGCAGGACCGCAAUGCGCUCAAGAAGAGGGAGUGGGAGCGGCGGACUCAGGAGGUGCAGCAGGACGAAGAUCUCUUCUCCUCUGGGUUUAAUCUCUUUGGGGAGCCAUACAAGACAGAAGCGCCCAGUCUAUCCACUUUGGGGGGGACCAACAACCUAAACAAGACAAACAAAGGUGACGCCCUGGCCAACCGGGUGCAGAACACUCUGGGGAACUACGAUGAGAUGAAGGAGCUCCUGACCAGCCACUCCAACCAGAGCCACCUGGUGGGCAUCCCCAAGAACUUUGUUCCCCAGACCCCUGGCCCCAUGGAGAAGCAAGACCAGCCCAGCUUCUUAACCAAGGGAGGCCAGAGGGGGAGCAACAGGGUGGGCACAGGGAACCAUACCACAUCUAUGCCCCCUCCUCCCUCCUCUUCGUCUCUGACCAGCUCCAGCCUGCUGCACGGCCAUCAGAGCUCCAAGAAGUCCUGGUCCUCCGACUGGUCCCGGGAGCCCACUGCAGCACCCAGGGGGUGGGAGGGGGUGGGGGGCCCAUCCUGCAGCAGGGGGAAACACUCCUUCACCCAUGAGCAGCAGCAGCCCCAAAGACACGAGGAGAUGCUCAUCUCACAGGGCGAGGUAGUGGACCACAGGGGAGACUCCAGCAGCAGCCCCUCCUCCUCCUCCACCUCCACUCUCUCCAGGAGGCACGGGGGCGGGCAGCAGCAGGCCCCUAAGGCCCCGUCAUCGGCCGAGCAUGGCAGCUACAAGGACAGCAACACUCAUGUUAAGUCUCCCCUGGAGCAGGAGCCGGGCUCCCACGGGGCCAGUUCCCCAGUGGCCUCUACCUCCCUGCUGCCCAGUGGCCUCUCCACGCCCACCUUCCCGCAGGGUCUGCACGUCAAGCCCAGCGCCGUGCAGCAGCAGAAGCCUACGGCCUACGUGCGGCCAAUGGACGGCCAGGACCAGAUGCCCCUGGACUCCCCGGAGCUCAAGCCUCCUCUGGAGGUGGUGGACGUGGGCUACAGCAACCCACCUUUUGGCAGCACCAUCACCAGCUCCAAGAGCAAGCUGCCCAAGCUGACCCUGACACAGACUGGGGAGGUCGGCCUGUCCAGUGACUCCAGCUGUGUGGAGGAGAUUCUACGGGAGAUGACCCACUCCUGGCCUCCUCCCCUGACUGCCAUCCACACUCCAGGCAAGGCUGAGCAAACCCGGUUCCCUAUUCCCUCCAAGGAGUCACAACACAUACCCUCAGGAUGCGCUGGACUAAAGCGGUGCAAUGUUCCCGUUAACAAGCCUGCAACCAAGUCUGUGCCACAGAAGUCAAUGCUUGAGGAUGACCUGAAGAUCAGCAGUGACGAGGAAGAUACUGAACAGCAGGCAGCUGAGAAGCCCAAGCCCAGAAGUACACCUCUCAGCAUCCCUGUGGCCACGUCUCGGACCAGUGACCCGGGCCACUCUAGUGGCGCCUCGGCCAGCUCCAGUGAAUCAGAGAGCAGCUCCGAGUCGGAUUCAGACAGUGAGAGCAGCUCCAGUGACAGCGAGUGUAACGGGGCCUCCCGGACCGCCACCCCAGAGCCUGAACCUCCAUCAACAAACAAAUGGCAGCUGGAUAAGUGGCUGAACAAAGUGACCCCACACAAUAAAGCACUUAUCAGUACCCAGUCAGAGAGAGAGAGCCAUGGGCUCUGCAGCUCCCAGCCUGACCACAGCCAGCAGGCACCUGGGAGCCAGGACCUGGCCCCAGGAAAGAGCAAGCCUGGGCCCACCGUCCUGCUGGCCCAGACUGAUGCCAAGGAACGGGCCCUCCUCAGCCCCAUCCGAGAGAAGGCCAAGCCCAAGACUGGACCAAAGGUCUCAGAGGGCAAGAGUUCAAAGUCCCCAGCAGCGGUGGUGGUGGAGCCGGACCCAGCCAGACGCAGCAUUGGAAAGAAGCAGCCAAAGAAAGUGGAGCGCUCAUCCAGCCUGGAAGAACACAGCUCCUGGUCCAAGCCCAUCAACCCCUCCAUCAGCACUACCCCUAAGGAGAAGGAGCCUCCGCCUCUUCUGGAGCCGCCCAAGUCCAGGACCAAGGGCACCAGUGGGAAAGCUGCCCCUAGGAAGGAACCUCGCACCACCACUACCACGACUACUACUCCAGCUCAUCCUCCCCCAGCCCCAUUCUUGGACAAGAAGAAGCACAGGGGGCCCACCAGGAUCCUCCCCAAGUCCAAGGAGUUCAUCGAGACGGAGUCUUCGUCGUCUGAGUGCCACUCUGAACCAGAGGAUCUGAUCAAGGUCCCUAACCCUCCCUGCCCAGGACCCAGCAGCCUGCAGACUCUCAAAGCAGCCAAUCUCCUGAGUGUCAGUAGCCUUACCAGCACCUGCAGCACUUCCAUCUCUAUCCCAGACCCUGGUAUAGUUGGGGGCUUACUGGAAGACCCCCUCUUGUCCCCUGUCCCCAUCGUCCAGAACGAACUGUUGUCCCCUCUCAGGGACUUUGAGGACAUCAAGUCACUGUGGGUGAAGAUCGAGCUGAGCUUCCUGUCUAGAAUCCCAGGACAGGACCCCCCUGAGCCCCCUCCUGUGAAGGUUGAGCCCCAGGAACACUGGGAACCCAGCACCAAGCACAGACGCCAGUCCCCCGCCAGUCAACAGUCUACCCCUGUUGAGAAACCCCCUAGCAAGGCCAAGAGGAAACACAAGUCGGACCAUUGUAACGCUGUCGGCGGGAGCAAGAAGUUACGGUUGGAGAAAGACUCCAUGCUUCUUCCCCCGUGCAUCUCACCCAUUCACAACCACAAGAACAUUAGCACAAAAGACUCUCUGAGGAAACAGCCCAGGAAGAGAGAGCUGCUGCCUCCCCUGCUGUCGCCACUCUCUGACGAGCCUCCCACCCGCCAGCGCAGGACCAGUGAGUGUUCCUCCUUCAGCCAGGAGGGCGGCGCUAGCGGCGCCUUAUUACUACCCACCCUCAGCUGCUCUCUUCCCCCCUUCUCCUCCUCCUCAUCCUCCUCUUCCUCACACAAGCACCACAGCAAAGGAGAGAGCAAAUUCUUCUCACAUUCCAAGACAAGCAGUGAGGAAGAUACCCACAGCAAACCAUCUGGCAGUUUCCAUGGUAACGGUCAGUCUGAUUCCGACCUUUGGUCCAACCCCUCAUCUCUGUCCAUGGACCACAUGGAGCCAAGGAGACCGAAGCUAACGUUCAAUAACAAAGUUCACACUGCAGACUACUACAUGCAGGAAGCCAAGAAACUGAAGCACAAAGCAGAUGCACUGAUGGAGAAGUAUGGCAAAGCUGUUAACUACGCUGAUGGAGCGCUGUCGUUCAUAGAAUGUGGCAACGCCAUGGAACGGGACCCACUGGAGGCCAAGUCUCCAUACACUAUGUACUCUGAGACAGUUGAACUCAUCAGAUAUGCCAUGAGGUUAAAGAACUUUACAAGUCACUCAGCAACAGUGGCCGAGAAGAAAUUAGCUGUAUUGUGCAAUCGCUGUUUAUCCCUCCUGUACUUGAGAAUGUUCAAACUAAAGAAGGACCAUGCAGUAAAGUAUUCCCGUUCCCUGAUGGAGUAUUUCAAGAACUCGGCGAAAAGUUCCCAAGUACCUUCGCCAUGGGGAGCCAAUGGAAAGAACACAGGCACCCCAUCGCCCCUGUCUCUGAGUCUCUCCCCAGUCAGUUGGGGCAGCAGCAGUACAGGCAUUGCGGGCUCCGGGGCCUCCGGCAACGUGGCCAUCCCCCAGCGCAUUCACCAGAUGGCCGCCAGCCACGUCAACAUUACCAACAACAUUCUCCGGAGCUACGAGCACUGGGACACAGCAGAAAAGUUGGCCACAGAGAGCCAAGAGUUCUUUCAGGAGCUGGACUCAAUGAUGGAACCAUUGAGCCAACACAGCAGCAUGAUAGAACUUGUGCGCUACAUACGCCAAGGACUGCACUGGCUACGGAUAGAGGCCCACUUGUUAUAGUGCUGCGGGAACUGGAACUAAACUGUCUACCACUCUGUCUGUCUGUCUCACACCUCCAUCACUACCUCUACCAGCCAGCAACGCCCACCAUCCCCCAGUCUCCAGCCAUCUGAUAACACCCCAAUGGACCCCCACCUCACUGUCAGCCAGCAAGUCCCGCCCCAUGUCACCUCUCUGAGGUCAGAGGUCAUCAUUUGCUCUACUACACAGUCUGUCUCUCUGCUCCCUCUGUACAAGGUUGACAUGUCCAAUGGAUGUGGGGGGAAAAAAGUGAAGUCCCACUAUCCAAGCCCCAAAGCGAAUGAGAGGGAAGUUCCACCUAAGACCUGUGGAGUGUCUGCAAAGCGUGCCACUAGAGGAGAAGGAUCUGUGCUGUUUUGCUGGUUUUCUGCCCAACAGAGGCCCGUGAUUUCCCUGUUGUUUGUUUUGAUCAGACCACCCCUGAGGGCCUCUUAGAACACUGGGGGCGUUGUUCAGUUCACACCUCCAUUCCAACAGGAAUAUGGAUCAGGAAUUUAUAAGUGCUUUCAACUCUUCACAUGUUUAGUUUUUGUCAAUGCCUUGAUGAACUGACUGACAGAAGCCAGUUGAAUAAGUGUCUCUCUCUACUACUAUCCGACCAUUGAUUUAUGGUCCUCAAGACCUCCAUCUCAUGUCAGAUAAUACAUACAGCAACAGUUAGCCUACCCUUUAGUACCAUUGGAACAACAAAUCAUUCAAAAUUAUUUGAUUACUUGUUGGUUAUUGCAAAUGAAUAAUGAAUAAUCAAAUUAAAUCUGCCACCACAAGCAAUUUCUCUGGUUUUGAGGGAUUUGCAUAAUAACAUUGUGUCUACUACAGCAGAUGAGGAUUGUGUCUUUCAGCCCCAGAGGUUGGUGGUGUCUUUGUGUUUGUUUGGUUAGCUACAAUAAUAAGAGACCGGAUUUAUUCCAAACCAGCACAUAUUUUCCAUGGGUCUAAGGCAAUGAAGUGUUACAUCACCUGAGACUGUGUUCAAAGGUCUAAUGCAGCCAUUGUUAUCGCAAUAUCAAAUCAUUUCUAGAUAGCAAUGAAGCACUUUACUGUUAUUGUUUUCAAUUCAAAUGGUCAAAAAUAAAUUAAAAUAGCUCCUUAGCAAAUAGUAAUUUCUCUUUCUUAUUGGUCUAUUAACUAAUUUACCAUCUGGUGAUCUCACCAUGGAAGGCCAAAACUCCAUCCCACCAAAACAGGCUGAAAGGGCAUUAUUAUAAUUCUUACAUUUUCAAAGUAUUUUUCCAACCUCAUAGUGUGGAAAUAUAUAUAAAACACCAGAAAAUCACAUUGUGACUGCACUGGGCCUUUAAAUAAAUAUGAAUCAUCCAUUCACUGUUAUAACACCACCACAAACAGUAAACACCAGAAUGAGACCAUUAGCACUUCAGAAGAUAUGUACAUUAUCUUUUCAUUGUCUAUGAUGACUGCUGUAUAUCACAAUGUUGGUUCAGUUGUCCACAGAGAGGUGUAGACUGUUGAAGAAUAAUCCAUAGGAACACUUCUUAUGUGUUCUGUGCAUAGUUGUACAUUUGUAUAUUUAAACGUGGCUUGAUGGAGAUACGCCGUCUGUAUGAGAUACAGGCAGUUGUCCUAAGGAGGAAAUAUGAUGGUUGUUUUGUUUUUGGUCUUUAUGUCGAUGUGAUGUGAGAGAAUGAACUGUAGGGAAGUGUGUGUGUUGCACUGUGCAGAGAUGAUUUUGGGGAUGGAUUCUCUAUUGCUGGGUGUCCGUGCCCCUCUCUCUCUCUCUCUCUCUCUCUCUCUCUCUCUCUCUCUAGCACAGCCCAUACAGUUUAUUGGAGUAGACCAUAUAUCUAAUGUUAAAUGUGUAUGAGAGACAAUGAGGAUGCGUGUGAAGUAUGAUUUUCACUAUGAUAAAACAAAGUGCCUCCGUACCCAGUGGAAAUUAUUAAGAGUCUAUAUUUAAGAACAAGAAUGAAUCUAAAGGGUUUUUCCAUACCAUGUUGGUAUAUUAGAUUUUUUCAUAAAACCACAAUUUAUUCAUGUACUUUUUACUCGCAAUUAUGACACCAGGUUUGGCUUUAAAAUUGCAAAUGUGUGACUUACAUGUAUCAAAUUUCUAACUCCGGUACUGUUUUGAGGAUAGUGAAUGGGAUUUUCAGAAACGCUUAAACAUGAGUGCUUAACGUGACUUACUGUAAUUACCUAUAAUCAAUAGGUUAACACGUCAGGCCAUUUACAGCAAUAGCUGGAUGAUAGCACUCAUUGUGUUCAUUAUCUUGUUACUAAGAACUGAGAAAUGCUCUUAAUUCCCAUUCAGUGUUUGUGACAUUUAGAAGUAAGAAUGGUGAUCCUAUAAGGAGGAAUUUGUAUCCAUUGAUUUUAGGUCAUUAAGCUACUAAUGAAGCGUUUUGGAAUUUCCUAACAAAUUACAGACAAAACAAUACGUUAAACUGGAUUUUAAAAAUCACUUCAUGUUGAUCCAUUAACUGUCUUAUUUAGGGUUCAUGUCAUUCAGUGUUGUUUUAUGGAUCAGUGCAGUAGCCUACAUGCAAAUCAUAACUGUGCUCAGUCAAUUCCAAAUCUAUUUUAAAGAUGUAGGAUACCACACCAUGUGGUAAUAGCAAUAUUUACACCAGUCCUACUGUAACGAAAUGGAUAGAAAAAUCUGAAAGACAGCCUAACAACUUAACUUCUUUGUACAGUAUCUGAAGGUCAUUUUUCAUUUAGCCUUUUGUGACAACUUGUGAUCUCAUAACUACCAGUCAGAGUUGAGGAAAAGUAAGUGUUUGCAUAAUUUUUUUAUGCAAAUGUUCACAUUUUCUUCUCCAGUCCAAAGUAGCCAACUGUCUUUGCCUUUAUGAGGAAAGCAGUUUGUACAUUUCCAGUGGUUUUUCCCAGCUGUUCCUGUUGGUGCUAGAGACAGGCCAUUCUGUCAGGGAAAUCUGGGGCCCUUUGGCAGAUAGUCAACAGCACAAAGUAGCACUGGUAUCCUGUUCCCUCUCUCUCUCUCUCUCUCUCUCUCUCUCUCUCUCUCUCUCUCUCUCUCUGUCUCUCUUUCUCUCUCUCUCUCUCUCUCUCUCUCUC